AUGGCAGCUCCACCACCUGGCGCAAAGCGCAGGCACACGACAGACAAGAAAUUAGGCGAGAGGAGGAGGGAGAGAGUGGCGGGGAGCUCGAGAGAUGCGAGCGAGGAGGAUAACGAAGAGGAACUCUCGGACGUCGGAUCUCUCGCUUCCAACCACCACACCCGUCUUCCUCCUUCCGCUGCUGGUGCUGUCAAUGCUGGGGCCAUCGCCCCUGGGAUCAGCGCGGCGCACCGCCGAGCCUUAGGCCAGAAGAAGGUUUCGGGCCACGAGGGCGAGGGGAGUCAAAGCGACAGUGUCGACUCACCAGUGUAUGACGGUGAUGUAGAGUCGUCAUCCACUAUCGGCGGUACCCCCGUUCACUCCACAUUCCUCAACUCUGGCUCCGGGGUCCCUUCGCACAUCUCCGGCCUCUCCACUUCACCCACCAAGUCCCCUUCUGGCCCGAACCGCCUCCCCACGCCGAAAUCAUCCAAGCCAAACCUCCUCGACUCGGCCCUUGCACCCUCCAACACCCCGCACGACGUGCCCGUAGCGGCCUCCCAGGCGUUGUCGCCCGCUACAAAGUCGCAGCUCCAGCCGCUGAGCACCAAGACGAGCAGCUCGGACCUCGGUCCGCCCAAGAUGUACUCGAGGCCCGUCGAGCUCAGUCCGGACGAUAUCAGCGCGUUUGUCAACCGCGCGAUUGAGGGCAAGGGGGAGGAAGAUGGUGUGGAAAGGUGGUGGAAGACAAACAAGCCGCCAGGGGAUAGGCCAGUCCGGAUCUACGCGGACGGCGUGUAUGAUCUGUUCCAUUUUGGCCACGCUCUCCAAUUGCGCCAAGCCAAACUCUCCUUCCCCCGCGUGCACCUCCUCGUCGGUGUGUGUUCGGACAAGCUCUGCGCAGACCACAAAUCCGCCCCCGCCAUGACCCACGCGGAACGGUGCGAGUCCGUCCGUCACUGUCGGUGGGCGGAUGAGAUCCUCCCGGACGCGCCGUGGAUCGUCGACCAGGCGUGGAUGGACAGGCACCAGAUCGAUUAUUUGGCGCAUGACGAGGUGGUUUACCCAAGUAAGGGAGUUGAGGAUGUGUAUGCUUUUGCAAAGGAGCAGGGCAAGUUCUUACCCACCCGCCGCACACCUUGCAUCUCCACCUCGGACCUCCUCGAGCGGAUCGUCCGCGGUUACCGAGAUGGCUUCUUCGACUCCAAGCUCGAAAAGAACGGACACCCGGAACUGCUCGCUGCAGAUGUCGACUGGGAUAGCUCGGCCAGCGUGGACAAGCGCGAGCGGAGGAAGAAGAAGGCGUUGCAGAAGGUGCAGUAG